AUGGCGACAACGCGUGACGACACUCCCCAAGAAGGAAAGGGACUCGAAACGCCAGCUGCACCGUCUUGGAACCUCAAUGCCCGGCACCAGCCAGCAGCAGUCACUAUGGGCAAAGAAGAAAACACAGACAUCGAGAAGGCGAAGCCCGCUACCCCCGAGGGACCGCCCGCAGGCGGCGGCGGCUUUGGAGGCUUCCCUGUCGUCCAGUAUCCCACCGGCUUCCCGCUCUACGCCAACAUCAUCUCGCUCUACCUCGCCAGCUUCCUAACGGCACUGGACCGUACAAUUGUCGUCAACGCAAUCCCCACCAUCACCAACGAGUUCAACAGCGUCGGCGACAUCAGCUGGUACGGCAGCUCCUACCUCAUCACCUUUUGCGCUUUCCAGCUCGUCUAUGGCAAGAUUUACGCAUACUACAACGCCAAAUGGGUCUUUCUGAGCGCCGUCGGCAUCUUCCUUGUCGGUUCGGCUAUCUGCGGCGCUGCGCAGAGCUCCGUCACGCUCAUCGUCGGCAGGGCCGUCGCGGGCCUGGGUUCCUCGGGUAUCUUUGGCGGCAGCGUUAUCAUUACCUUCUUCACCGUCCCGCUCAAGAUGCGGCCCAUCUACUCAGGUGUCGUCUCCUUUAUCUUUGCUGUGGCGUCCAUUGUUGGUCCGCUCAUUGGUGGUGCUCUGACGCAGCACGGCAGCUGGAGGUGGUGCUUCUUCCUCAACUUGCCCGUCGGCGCGUUGACCAUUGUUGUCACGCUCCUCGUGCUCAAGCUGCCGCCCGCAAAAAAGGCAGGAACUCCGUGGAAAGCCCAGAUCAAGAGCAUGGACCCCAUUGGCAAUCUUUUCUUCGUCCCGGGCAUUGUCUGCCUACUUCUUGCCUUACAAUGGGGUGGGUCGGAGUAUAGCUGGAGCAAUGGCCGCAUUAUUGCGCUCCUCGUCUUGGCGGCUCUUCUGCUCGUCGCCUUCAUGUUUGUUCAAUGGUGGCAAAAGGACAAUGCAACCGUCCCACUGCGAGUCAUACUGGAAAGAAACAUGGCCGCAGCCUGUCUGUAUACCGCCUUUGUUGCAGGGUCUAUGAUGUCCAUCAUCUACUACCUGCCGGUUUGGUUUCAAGCCAUUAAAGCUGCUUCGCCCACGCGAUCAGGCGUCAUGAUGCUGGCUCUUGUCGUGCCGUCUGGCGUGUCUGGCCUGGUGUCCGGUUUUGCCGUUUCCAAAGCUGUCGGAUACUAUGCGCCCUUCAUGCUCGCAUGCACCGCCCUGAUGGCAAUCGGCGCUGGCCUUCUGACCACCCUCACACCACAUUCAUCAGACGGCACGUGGAUCGGCUAUCAGGUCAUCUGGGGAUUUGGAUCCGGGCUCGGCAUGACGGCCGGAGGUUUGGUGCCGCAGACAGUUCUGGCCAGGAUGGAUGCACCCAUCGGCAUCUCCCUUAUUUUCUUUUCUCAGUCGCUUGGAGGAUCUGUGUUCCUGUCCGCCUGCCAGUCCGUUUUUGGUCACCUUUUGAAGACUGGUCUGCGAGGACUCACCAACUCUAGCGACAUUCUCAACUCUGGCUCGACGGAUCUGCGCAAGCAUGCAAGCCUAGAGGAGCUGCCAGCACUACUUGACGCAUACAACAACGCCGUUACCAAAACUCUUGUUAUUGGCGCCGCAACAGCGGCAGCGGCAUUUGCAGCGGCAUUGGCAGUCGAGUGGAAAAGCGUGAGAAAGGCGCAAGACCAGAACGGACCUCCGGGACUUCUAGGAGGAAAGCCAGCGCCAGCCGCUGGUCCCAUGGCGAAUACGGACGCGCCAGCCCCAAACGGAGCCGCAGCGGAAAGUCUUGGGCCGCCUAAUGGGUCCACGGAGAAGACGGACCAGUAA